AUGGAGGAAGGGCAGGAUCAUUACGAAGAGUGGCCACUUGAUCUUCAAGACUGGUGGAUUGGUGAGCAAGAGGGAGCAGUUCUCCGCUGGGAAGAUGUGGAAGCUGCUGAAUCAGAUUAUAUUGAUGCAUUGGCGAACUACUUGGAUCAGGCUCUAGACUGCCUUCAAGGACAAGAAGACAGAAACGCUUUACGCUCUAACCCCAUUGAUCGAGUUUAUAUGCUAGGAAACUUCUGUGAUCGUCCAGUUGUGAAGAAGGCGAUUCAGAAAAUCGUCGGUGAGCAUGUCAAGAUCAUUGGGGGCAGUUCGGAAUUAGAUAAUGGGCUAGCCGCUAGAGGUGGUGCUCGUUAUGCUUUCGUGAUGACAGAGCCGAUGUAUGAAGUUUGUAGAAAAGAGAAGCUUGACUAUGAUGAGCUUUAA